AUGACCGUUCUACAUCGUGCCGCCGUCGCUGCGUCCGUCUUAGGUCGCACGCAUGGGCGGCAACCGUGCCAAUACUAUCGUACCAGGCCGACAUCCAUAACGCGCUCCUCAUGCCGAUUGCUCACGAUUCAUGUACUCAUCGAUACGGACUCCCUUCCUCCAUCUCCCACUUCACUCACACGAGAGCCGCAAACGCUAGCUCCAAGCGGAUCGCCUGUGCAGACAGCUCCGCGGCCUUAUCCUCUGCUGACGCAGGUCAAGAUCGAACAGCAGAAGACGCGCUCUCGUCCGCAGAAUCUGACCACGCGAUGGCAGCGCCUUGAACGCUCCUUGCGCGGCAAGGGAGCGUAUGCUAAACAGAUCAACGAACUCGUGACCGAGGCAGAUGGUGAUGAAUCUGGGACACAUGUGGGCGUGCCGGGGACUGCAGGAUGGAAAGGCAAGCAACCUAGGAUGUUCGACGGAUUUGUUGUCCCAGAUAAGCCCAGCGAACCCGAAGCAGAUGAAUGCUGCAUGUCGGGAUGUACCAUAUGCGUGUACGAUCUAUAUGCUGCAGCACUUGAGGAUUACAAACUAGCUAUGGAGGCACUACGAACUACGUUAUUGGCGCGCAACAUACCGGAAAAGGAGUGGCCUGAAGACGUAAGAGCUGCUGGACCACAAAAUGAAAAUAAAAGGGCAAAACAAGAUACUUUACGAGACAUCACGCUCAAUGCAUUCGAAGCCCUCGAACGCUCACUGCGAGAGAAGCAGGAGAGAGAUAAAUCUGACAUGGGCCCUGGCGUGGAUGGGCGACCUGCCCCAUCCGCGAGGCAAAGUAGAAGGACGUCACUGACAAGUAUUGGCGCGGUAUCGGAGGCGAUACGAUGGGUGCUGUACAGCAAUCGAUAG